AUGCGGAGGGAGGAUGAAGGACGCCGCGUGGCGCCGGGAUGUCCCGGUGGAGCCGCAGCGGGUGAGGUGGCGGUAAAAUCCGAAGGGAAGAGCCAUGGGGGAGCUCGGGAGAGCAACCGGGGGACGGCGGGAUGCCCAGGGACGGAGCAGGAGGACGAGCUCACCCCGGGGGAGCGGCAGCUCCUCGCAGAGGAAAGUCCCUACGAAUGUUCCCACUGCCAGAAAUGCUUCCAGGACAGGUCGGAGCUGAUUUGCCACCAGAGGUUGCACGGGGGAGGAAAGACUUUCAGGUGCCAAGAGUGCGGAGAGGAGUUUGGGAAGAGCUCCGAGCUGAGCUCCCACCAGAAAAGCCACAUGGCGGAAAAGCCCUACCAGUGCUCCACGUGCGAGAAGUUCUUCAAGGACAGGUCCACCCUCAUCAGGCACGAGAGGGUGCACACCGGGGAGAAGCCCUACCAGUGCCACGAGUGCGGGAAGAGGUUCACCCGCAGCUCGGACAUCGUCGUCCACCAGCGGACGCACACGGGGGAGAAGCCCUUCGAGUGCCCCGAGUGCGGGAAGAGGUUCAGCCAACGGUCCAACCUCUUCACCCACCAGAUCGUGCACACGGGGGAGAAGCCCUUCGCCUGCCACGAGUGCGGGAAAACCUUCGCCCGGAGGUCGGAGCUCACCAUCCAUCAGCGAACGCACACGGAGGAGAAGCCCUACCAGUGCUCCCAGUGUGAAAAGUCCUUCCGGGGGAGGUACGGGCUCUUCAGGCACGAGCGGCUGCACACGGGGGAGAAGCCCUACGAGUGCAGCGAGUGCGGGAAGAGCUUCGGGCAGAGCGGGGACCUCAUCACCCACCAGCGCUUCCACACGGGCGAGAAGCCCUACCAGUGCUCCCAGUGCGGGAAGUUCUUCUGCAAUAAAUCCAGCCUCGUUAAACACCAGAAGUGGCAUUCGGGGGAGAAGCCCUACAAGUGCCACGAGUGCGGGAAGAGCUUCGGGCAGAGCUCGGACCUCAUCGCCCACCAGCGGACCCACACCGGCGAGAAGCCCUACCCCUGCGCCGAGUGCGGGAAGAGGUUCACCAGGAAAUCCAGCCUCAUCGUCCACCAGCGGGGACACAGAGGACGGAGAACCGGAGAGCGCUCAAAAUGCGGGAAGAGCUCGGAGGAAGACUCCGGCGCCGCUGAUCCCCGCAGCGCGGGCACGUCCCCGUGCUCCGAGUGUGCAAAGCCCCUCGAGGGGGCACCGAGCCCCGACCGGCAGAGGUGA